AUGGCGACCAGACAGUCCAAAACGGCCAAAAGAAACAAGACACAGAACCAGAAGCGUAAUGUGGAGCUGGAGGUAUUUACAGACUCUGCUGCACGCAAUCUUCUUGAAAACCAACCGAAACUAACUCCCAAAUCGAAAGUCAAAAAGCCAUCGAAACUCGCUGUGAAAAAACAGCAAGCCAAGGUAAGAUUGUAUGGCGCCAAGAAUGGAAGAGAAUACAAAGAAUCCGAGCUUCAAAUACCCGUUUUGAACAAAGCGGUGGUUCCUGGGGUAAAGGCUAAGAAGGGUAAAAAAGGAAAGGUUUUCGUGGAUGACAAUGAUAAUCUUACGAUGGAAAGACUUGUCAAGUCAAUUAAUGAUAAAUAUGAUAAGGUGAACGAAAGCAAGUUGGAGAAGAGUCGUCGUUUAGAAGAGAUCAGAGAGGUCAAACGUCGGGAAAUGGAGAAGAAAGAAGAACAAAAGAAAAAUAAACUUGACGACAAGAAGAAGGAACUCAAGAAUAAAGCAUCUGUGGCGCGAGCCAACAGAAGGAAGAAUGCCAAGGAGGCAGCCAAGGAGGCUGAAAGUGACGAGCCUAGAAAGAAGAAGGUAUCUUUUGCAUAA